AUAGAAUUGGACAGUUAUCGAAACACUUUUCAACCAUGAAUAAUAAUACAGAAAAAGCCACCUUUGCAGCAGGAUGUUUUUGGGGUGUAGAACAUCUUUAUAAAAAGCAUUUUCAAGAUAUCAAGACAAAAGUAGGGUACAUUGGAGGUCAUGUAGAUCAACCUACUUAUCGUCAGGUUUGUACAGGACAAACUGAUCAUGCUGAAGCUUUGGAAGUUUCAUUUGAUCCUUCUUCUAUAUCUUAUGAAACCCUAGUGGAAUUUUUUUAUCGGAUGCAUGAUCCUACUACGGUCAAUGCUCAAGGACCUGAUAAAGGUUCUCAAUAUAGAUCUGCUAUCUUUUAUCAUUCACAAGAACAAAAAGCCACGGCUGAAAAAGUAACGGCUCAAGUCCAAAAAGAACAUUAUCUCAAUAAACCUAUUGUUACUCAAAUUGUUCCUGCUGGUGUUUUUUAUGAUGCUGAAACUUAUCAUCAGAUGUAUCUAGAGAAGAAUCCCCAUGGUUACGAAUGCCCAACUCAUUAUCUACGAUGGUGACAUUUUAGACCAUUUAGUUUAGUUUAUUCUUUUUUUUUUUUU